AUGUCAAACAGGUAUCCUGAUCGUCGUUCUACUUCCGUCGCGACGGAAUCUCUUCCGCAAACACCCAAGAAGAGGAGGGGAACAUCGACGCAUGUAAAUUUCUCUCCUUUUACACCCACGAAGCGUGGACUCGGAGACCCAGACGUGUUUUCUCCGAUUAGGCCGACAAGGCUUGCCAAUUUUGCUGCGGCAAAUUUAACUCCUAGUCUCUCACAUGUAGAUGAUCAUCUGAUCAAAGGCCAUCAUUGUACGCCGUCCGUGGAGAGCACCCACCCAAUAGAGUUACAGAAGUCGGUUGACCAAUAUAAACAUGUACGAAUACUCAGUGGUGAUGAAGAAAGGCCAUCUAAAAGGCGCAAGCUGGGCGCACUUAUUGCUCGGUUCGACGAUCCUUUGUUUCCGUCGUCGGUUCCACGUUCCUCUAGCUCUUAUCGAACACAGACGCAGAUGAUUACUCCGGCGUCAUUGGCAUCCCGUUCACACGAAUAUGUUUACGCGCAACAGCCACCGUCCACUUCGCAGCUCUUGAACAGCAUCGAAGAAUACGGGAUUCCUAACAAAAUUUAUACUGACCCUUACUAUUCCAGUGCAUCCGAUGUACCUGAUCGGCCGAGGGAGUAUGCAGGCUUGGUAUUCAAUUUGAAAGGCGGAGAGAGCUUGAGCAACCUAGAGGAAUGGGCCCCACAAAGUGGCAACAUAAACGACUCUGGUUCCGCAAUUGGGGCGCCUCUGGAUGAUACUGAUGUGUAUGGAUGGGAGUAUGCAAGCUCCCCACCAACUCCCCAGCAAAUACGUCGAUGGUUAAUGGUCCAUCCGAUUGCUAUGAGCCAGGACAAGCCCAGGCAGCCUUCGCAGAUCCAAGGGCCAACCCAAGCUAACCCAUAUGGACUGGUCAAUACACCAGCAAAGACGUCCAAACUGCCGAUGCGUGAGCACUUGCAUAUGAGUGUACUCUCCUUAGAGAUUUUUGCGCCUUCGAGAGAAAAGCUACUUCCCAAUCCAGAUGAAGACGAGAUUAUGGCUGUGUUCUAUUCGUAUCAAGACUCUGCAGGUCCGCAAUCGGCUCAAGAUGGGACAUUCUCGUGUGAACGAGGCAUUGUUGCCGUCGAAAGUGACUGUAUGAACGCCCGUCGAAUUCGAGACCACAAAAUCGAAUUUGUCCCAAGCGAGUUAGAUUUACUCAAUCGGGUCAUCGAUUUGGUUAUAGAGAUUGAUCCCGAUAUCGUCGUAGGAUGGGAGAUCCAGGCAUCAUCAUGGGGCUACCUGAAUGCACGAGCCGAAAGUUAUGGCCUAGAUUUAGGAGAUCAAAUAUCUCGCGCAUUCGGGCGACGUACUGGUAGUGGCUCAGAUCAGUGGGGCAUGCGAACGACGUCUACGUUCAAAGUCAUCGGACGACACGUGUUGAAUGUUUGGAGGAUUAUAAGAGCCGAACACAAUUUCACGAGCCAUGCAUUUGAGCAUGUAGUUUUCCAACUUCUUCGCCGACGAACACCUUGGUAUUCCUGCGAGACUUUGACAAAAUGGUAUCGUAGCACAUCUCCUUAUCACACUUCCGAUCUAUUGCGUUACUUCUCGAACCGAGUCGUCAUGGUCCUUGAAGUUCUUGAUGUAGCUGAAGUGGUCACCAAGAAUGCCGAAUUUGCCCGGGUUUUCGGGGUCGAUUUCUUUUCUGUUCUCAGCCGAGGAUCGCAAUUCAAGGUUGAAUCAUUCAUGUUCCGGAUAGCUAAACCAGAGAGUUUUGUGCUACUAUCCCCCAGUAAGCAAGAUGUCGGAAAACAGAACGCAGCAGAAUGUAUGCCACUUAUCAUGGAACCUCUAUCCGCCUUUUAUAACAGUCCUCUUGUCGUACUCGACUUUCAAUCAUUGUAUCCCUCCGUUAUGAUCGCAUAUAAUUAUUGUUAUUCUACGUGUCUUGGACGUGUCACUGAUUUCAAAGGACAAAACAAAUUCGGCGUAACGGAUUUACAUCAGCCUGCAGGGCUAUUGGAAACACUACAAGAGCACAUGCACGUCGCACCUAACGGGAUGGUGUAUGUUAAUCAAGACGUACGCAAAGGACUAUUAGGAAGGAUGUUGACUGAGUUAUUGGAUACGCGGGUGAUGGUCAAACAAGCAAUGAAGGGGGCCAAAGACGAUAAGGCACUCAGACGAAUUCUGGAUGCUCGUCAGCUCGGCCUGAAGUUCAUUGCCAAUGUCACAUACGGAUAUACCAGUGCUACAUUCUCUGGGCGGAUGCCGGCGGUUGAAAUUGCUGACAGUAUUGUUCAGAGUGGUCGCGAGACGUUGGAAAAGGCCAUUCGCGUCAUCAAUUCAACGAAGAAAUGGGGGGCGAAGGUUGUGUACGGUGAUACAGAUUCACUUUUUAUUUACCUUCGUGGGAAGACCAAGGAGCAAGCCUUCCGCAUUGGUCAAGAUAUGGCUGAGACGGUCACAUCCAUGAAUCCUGCACCAGUAAAGCUUAAGUUUGAGAAGGUAUACCUUCCGUGUGUGCUGAUGGCGAAGAAACGAUAUGUUGGAUUCAAGUUCGAAAGUCCAGAUGACAGUGAGCCGACAUUCGAUGCCAAGGGCAUUGAAACUGUCCGUCGAGAUGGAAUUCCCGCUCAGCAGAAGAUGACAGAGACUUGCCUCAAAAUUUUAUUUCGCACGCAGGAUCUCAGUAAAGUCAAAAAAUACUGUUAUGAAUCUUGGACCCGAAUCUUGGAGAAUAGAGUUUCACCUCACGACUUUAUAUUCGCUAAAGAGGUGAAGAUGGGGACGUAUAGUGAUAAAGUUCCACCACCCCCAGGAGUCACUGUCGCCGCACGACGCACGACCAAUGACCCCAUGGACGAGCCGCAAUAUGGGGAACGUGUACCAUAUGUUAUCAUGCGCGGUGACCCAGAUACCAGGCUGGUAGACAGGGCUGUCUCUCCUGGCGAGCUUAUUGACAACAGUCAAAAACAGCUGGACGCGGUGUACUAUAUUUCUCGAGUACUGAUUCCUCCUCUCGAGCGAAUAUUCAAUCUAGUUGGUGCUGACGUCAGGAGCUGGUACGAUGACAUGCCGAAAGCGCUGCGUGCAGACCAGCCACUAGACCCAAUCUCCCUGUCACCGAGGAGAGUCAAGAAAUACACCGCCGCAACUAACGCGUUCAAGAUUGAAGAACAUUUUCUGAGUUCGCAUUGUAUCAACUGUAGAGCACUGACGUUGGAAGGCUUGUGCGAUGAUUGUCGCGCUGAUCCUAUAACGACCAUUUCCGGACUUCUAUCCCGACUUCGAGUGGCAGAAGACCGACUGAGAGAUGUACAAUUAAUUUGUAGCUCUUGUUGCGGAACUGCCCCCGGGGAGCCUGUCAGAUGCGAAUCACUAGAUUGCCCUUGGCUGUUCGAGCGCAAAAAGGUAGAGGGCAAAGCGGAACGCCUUACAAUCAUUGGCGACCUAGUAGAAGAAUUGGAAGACACUGGUACCAACACAGACAAGGACAACUCUUGUGUUUCUAAUUCAGACGACAUUUGA